AGAACUAGGAACAAUUACAAUCUUUGUGCACACUAUGCGUUCGUUAGUCAAUUUGAACCUAAGAACGUAGAAGAUGCACUAAAAGAUAGUGAUUGGAUUAUAUCCAUGCAACUAGAGCUUGAGCAAUUUGAACGCAACAAGGCCAAAUGUUCAAGACUUACCCGCAAAUAGGUUCAUCCUUCUCAAAAUCCUCAAAGAAAAUAUCAUACCAGUCCUUAACAAAGAUAAACAAGUUGGGGUUUAUGAAUGCACUCUUCUAUAUUGGCUCCUCACUCACAAGAAAAUCAAUCUCCCUUCCAUCAUCCUAAAACACAUGUACGAAUGCUCUGGUCACCAAAACAAACCCUAUGACAUGCUUCUUACCCACAUCUUUGCCAAGAGGGAAAUUCUUGAGGUGAACCCUUCUCGUGUCCGCUAUCUUGAUGCGGAGUGCCUUGGCUAUUGUGGCCUUGUGAAAAUUGGGGAAGAGUACUACAUGAAGAAGGAGUUUCAAAAUCUUGAUGAAGCUACACGAGCGGAGUAUGGCCCUCGACGAUCCUUGUCCUCUGUGCCAUCUACUUCACGAGCACCCCGGGCCGAAGCCGAAGAAAAUGCCAACACGGAUGUCCCCGUUCAUGCUCCUAGGGUCAAACGCUCAAAGUCAGGGUCUCAUGCUUCUUCGGCCUCUCUCUUGCACCGUCACUCUCAAAUGGCUUCCACCUCCAAAACCCCCUUCAAGAAGUUUAAGAAAUUCAUCCUCAAGACCGUAGUGGCUCCGAUGAAGAAAAUUCAAGAAAGCCUUGAUGACCUCUCGGAUCGGAUGAAGAAGAUGGAAGACCGUGAGAAUCGCCAAAAUCAAAAUGAGGAUCGUGCUUCUAGACGUCGUCGCUAAGUAUUGAGCAUUUGACAAAAUGAUCAAACAUUCACUUAUCUAUGUUCUUUUUUUAAAAAAAAAAUUAUUAUGUAUUUUGUUUUAUGCUUCAAACUCCUAUCAUGUCUCAUGUUUAAAACUCCUACUUAUGCACUUUUAUGAUUGUUAACCCCUUUAUGAUUAUGCUUAUGGUUCACUUGAAUGCCUAUAAUUGUUGCCAUAAUGAAUGCCAUUGUGUUGA